CAUCUCGUCGUCUCCGACCAUCCAUCAUUAUCCUCCGUCGCCGAAGUGGGGGCUCGAUCGUCUCCGCCGCCGUCGCACGGGCAUGGCUCGUCUCGUCCUCCUCGCCGUACUACCUCUCCUCCUCCUCUUCGUCGCCGGCGACUCGUACGCCACCGCCGCCGGCGGCGGCGGCGGGGGAGGAGGACGGCGAUUCGACGCCUCCCGCGCCGUCGAUGUCUCGUGGCGCCCCAGGUAAAUAAUGAAUCAACCGCCGCGAAUCUCUGGCGGCGGCGACUUGCGGUUGAUCUCUCUGUUGCGUGGGGGUUGGCAGAGCGUUCCUGUACGAGGGGUUCCUGUCGGAUGCGGAGUGCGACCACCUCAUCUCGCUCGCGAAGCAGGGUAAGAUGGAGAAGUCGACGGUGGUGGACGGCGAGUCGGGGGAGAGCGUGACGAGCAAGGUGAGGACCAGCUCCGGCAUGUUCCUCGACAAGAAGCAGGAUGAAGUUGUUGCAAGAAUAGAGGAGAGGAUUGCGGCUUGGACCAUGCUUCCAACAGAAAACGGUGAAUCGAUGCAAAUACUACGUUACGGGCAAGGUGAGAAAUACGAGCCACACUUUGAUUACAUUAGCGGACGGCAAGGCUCAACUCGUGAAGGUGACCGGGUUGCCACUGUGCUCAUGUACCUGUCCAAUGUCAAGAUGGGUGGUGAGACCAUCUUCCCUGAUUGAGAGGCUAGGUUGUCACAGCCUAAAGACGAGACAUGGUCCGACUGCGCAGAACAGGGCUUCGCAGUGAAACCUGCCAAAGGCAGUGCUGUGCUGUUCUUCAGUCUCCACCCCAACGCGACGUUGGACACAGACAGCCUGCACGGAAGCUGCCCUGUCAUAGAAGGCGAGAAGUGGUCGGCGACGAAGUGGAUUCAUGUGAGAUCCUACAGCUAUCGCCGGAGAUCCGCCGGCAAGUGCGAGGAUGAACAUGUUCUCUGCUCCAGCUGGGCUGCCGCAGGAGAGUGUGCCAAGAACCCCGGUUACAUGGUCGGCACCAGUGACUCCCCCCCUGGCUUCUGCCGGAAGAGUUGCAACGUAUGUACAAAGUAGUUUCAUACUAC